AUGGCGGCUUCGGUGAAGCAGCACGUCCAGUUGGCGCUUUCGCUCCCACCGCGGUUGCGCACCUUCUUGGCCCGGUACCCCCCGGCCUCGAUCCUGCCCGCCGGCGCCGACCCCGAGACGCACAAGACCCCGUACCAGGAGGAGACGCCGAACCCGUUCAUGCCCACCAAGCACCCAAUCACCGGAAAGUGGCACAACCCCAAGUACUCGCUCAGGCGACAGGCCGAGCUCGUCAAGCUGGCCCAGGAAAACGGCGUCGAGGAGCUGCUGCCCUUCACCCGCAAGCUCAACGAGGAGAAGCUACGGAAGAGGGUCGAGCUCGGUCUCCGUGUCAAGGGUACCGGUGUUGGAGAGAAGGUCAAGGGUCACAAGCACGAAAGGACAUUGGUUGCCAAGAUGGAGAAGAGGAGAGAGGCCAUGUUGGCUAUGCCCGACCUUAUCCGGGAAUGGAAGAAGGUUGGCAAGAGGAACUGGACCAAGUUCCCCAAAUAA